CAGGCAGGGAGACGGUGGGGUGGAGUACAGGAAGCUGCUGUCCCCGAAUAUCUGAACAUGGGCGAAAUCUAAAUAACGCCAAACACAAACAGCUUCUUUUUUUUCUUCUUUUACGGGCGAGAGGUUGCGGAGAUUUGUGAUAUUUUUCGGGAUUGAAUUGGAGAUUUAACCGAACAGCGAGAAGAUGUCUCGGGGUGUGAUCCAGCCCAGCCAGCAGAAACUGGCAGAAAAACUCACCAUCCUCAACGACAGAGGCAUCGGGAUGUUGACCCGUGUUUACAAUAUCAAAAAGCAAGGACAAGUUUGGAAGGCAUGUGGCGAUCCCAAGGCUAAGCCCUCCUACCUUGUUGAUAAGAACUUGGAGUCUGCGGUUAAAUUUAUUGUCAGGAAGUUCCCCGCUGUGGAGACGCGGAAUAAUAACCAACAGCUAGCUCAGCUGCAGAAGGAAAAGUCAGAGAUUCUGAAGAACCUGGCUCUCUACUAUUUUACCUUCGUAGAUGUCAUGGAAUUCAAGGACCAUGUGUGCGAGCUGCUGAACACCAUCGAUGCAUGCCAGGUCUUCUUUGAUAUUACGGUGAACUUUGACCUGACCAAGAACUACCUGGACCUGGUGGUGACUUACACUACUCUGAUGACAAUACUGUCUCGCAUAGAGGAGAGGAAAGCCAUCAUAGGACUGUACAACUACGCCCAUGAGAUGACGCAUGGAGCCAGUGACCGGGAGUACCCCAGGUUGGGCCAGAUGAUCGUGGAUUACGAGAACCCUUUGAAGAAGAUGAUGGAGGAGUUUGUUCCACACGGAAAGUCCCUGUCAGAUGCUUUGAUCAGUCUUCACAUGGUCUAUCCCAGGAGGAAUCUGUCCGCUGACCAGUGGAGGAACGCCCAGCUGCUCUCUCUCAUCUCUGCUCCCUCCACCAUGCUCAACCCUGCACAGUCAGACACUAUGCCCUGUGAAUACCUGUCACUGGAUACAAUGGAGAAGUGGAUUGUUUUUGGUUUCAUCCUGUGUCAUGCGGUGCUGAACAGCGACGCAGCAGCGUUAACUUUGUGGAAGCUGGCUCUGCAGAGCUCCACCUGCCUCUGUCUGUUCAGGGACGAAGUCUUCCACAUUCACAAGGCUGCAGAGGAUCUGUUUGUGAACAUCAGAGGGUACAACAAACGCAUUAAUGACAUCAGAGAGUGCAAGGAACAAGCCCUGUCUCAUGCAGGCUCAAUGCACAGAGAGAGACGCAAGUUUCUCCGAUCAGCUCUGAAGGAGUUGGCUACUGUCUUAGCUGAUCAGCCUGGACUACUAGGCCCUAAGGCGUUAUUUGUGUUCAUGGCGUUGUCAUUUGCCCGUGAUGAGAUUAUCUGGCUGCUUCGACACGCAGACAACAUCCAGAAGAAAAGCACAGAUGACUUCAUAGACAAACAUAUAGCAGAGCUGAUCUUCUACAUGGAGGAGCUCCGAGCUCACGUCAGGAAGUACGGUCCUGUGAUGCAGCGAUACUAUGUCCAGUACCUGUCUGGUUUUGAUGCUGUGGUGCUGAAUGAACUGGUGCAGAACCUCUCUGUGUGUCCAGAGGACGAGUCUAUAAUCAUGUCUUCAUUUGUCAACACUAUGACCUCUCUCAGUGUCAAACAAGUGGAGGAUGGAGAGGUGUUUGACUUUAGAGGAAUGAGACUGGAUUGGUUCAGACUGCAGGCCUACACCAGUGUCUCUAAAGCCAGUCUUGGUAUAGCUGAUCACAAGGAGCUCGGUAAAAUGAUGAACACCAUCAUCUUCCACACAAAGAUGGUGGACUCUCUAGUGGAGAUGCUGGUGGAGACAUCAGACCUGUCUAUUUUCUGCUUCUACAGCCGUGCGUUUGAAAAGAUGUUCCAGCAGUGUUUGGAGCUUCCCUCCCAGAGCCGACACUCCAUCUGCUUCCCUCUGCUCUGCACACACUUCAUGUCCUGUACACACGAGCUCUGUCCUGAGGAGUCGGCCUUGUGUGUUUUUACUCAUCAUCCUCCACAGCGUCACCACAUAGGGGAUCGAAGCCUGUCAUUGUGUAACAUGUUUCUGGAUGAGAUGGCCAAGCAGGCCAGAAACCUGAUCACUGACAUCUGCACUGAACAAUGUACACUCAGCGACCAGCUGCUUCCUAAGCACUGUGCGAAAACCAUCAGCCAGGCCGUGAACAAGAAGAGCAAGAAGGCGACGGGGAAGAAGGGAGAGCCGGAGAGAGAGAAACCAGGAGUGGAGAGCAUGAGGAAGAACAGACUACUGGUCACCAACCUGGAUAAGCUCCACACAGCAUUAUCUGAACUCUGCUUCUCCAUCAACUACGUUCCCAACCUGGCGGUCUGGGAGCACACAUUCACACCGAGGGAGUACCUCACCUCGCACCUGGAGAUCCGAUUUACCAAGUCCAUUGUGGGGAUGACCAUGUACAACCAGGCUACUCAGGAGAUAGCCAAGCCCAGCGAGCUGCUGACCAGCGUCCGGGCCUACAUGACAGUGCUUCAGUCCAUAGAAAACUACGUCACCAUCGACAUCACCCGGGUGUUCAACAACGUCCUCCUGCAGCAGACGCAGCACCUGGACAGCCACGGGGAACCCACCAUCACCAGUCUGUACACAAACUGGUACCUGGAAACGUUGCUCCGUCAGGUCAGCAAUGGACACAUCGCCUACUUCCCCGCCAUGAAGGCCUUUGUCAACCUCCCCACAGAGAACGAACUGACUUUCAAUGCUGAGGAGUACUCUGACAUCUCUGAGAUGCGUUCUCUGUCUGAGCUCUUGGGUCCUUACGGGAUGAAGUUCCUCAGUGAGAGUCUGAUGUGGCACAUCUCAUCACAGGUCGCUGAGCUGAAGAAACUGGUGGUAGAAAACAUGGAGGUGUUGACCCAGAUGAGGACGAGCUUUGACAAACCAGACCACAUGGCUGCCCUCUUCAAGAAACUCACCUCUGUGGACAGUGUGUUGAAGAGAAUGACCAUCAUUGGAGUCAUCCUGUCCUUCCGCUCCCUGGCUCAGGAGGCUCUGAGAGAUGUGUUAUCCUGUCAUAUUCCUUUCCUGGUCAGUUCAGUAGAAGAUUUCAAGGACCACAUUCCAAGAGAGACAGACAUGAAGGUGGCCAUGAAUGUCUACGAGCUGUCGUCAGCAGCAGGUUUACCCUGUGAGAUCGACCCAGCUCUGGUAGUGGCUCUGUCCUCACAAAAAAGUGAGAACAUCAGCCCAGAGGAGGAAUAUAAGAUCGCCUGUCUGCUGAUGGUGUUUGUGGCAGUUUCCUUGCCAACACUGGCUAGCAACGUGAUGUCACAGUACAGCCCUGCCAUUGAAGGCCACUGCAACAACAUCCACUGCCUGGCCAAAGCUAUCAACCAGAUCGCCGCUGCUCUCUUCACCAUCCACAAGGGGAGCAUAGAGGACCGCCUGAAAGAGUUUUUAGCUCUGGCCUCAUCCAGCCUGUUGAAGAUCGGCCAGGAGACGGAUAAGAUGACGACGCGUAACAGAGAAUCUGUCUACUUGCUGCUGGACAUGAUUGUGCAGGAGUCUCCCUUCCUGACCAUGGACCUGCUGGAGUCCUGCUUCCCCUACGUCCUGCUGCGAAACGCCUACCACGCUGUCUAUAAACAGAGCAUCAGUGCUAACGCAUAGACACACACUAAACACACAGCGAAGGCCUACCAUACUGUCUGCCAUCAGAGCGCCAGCGCUCGUAUAUAGACGCAUACACAUUCUGAAAUACACACUAACAGCAAACACUAAAUACACACUAAACACGCUAAACUAUGCCUACAAUGCCUCAACGCACUAUUCAGACAAAAAGAAGCAUCGGUGUGCGACAUGUACAGACAAAUGUCGACACACGUAACACACUAAAGGCGUAUUUAAACAAUUCUACUCUAAAUACAGAACAAAUACACUAAACGCCAAAAGAACACCCACAAUUCAGUGCACAGAGACGACAAAAAAACUCAAUGAGACAAAUAUGAACAGAAACAUUCAGACACACACACUAGCUGGAUGAAGUUGGGGGAUCAGUGUCUUUAUUUUAAUCAUUGUACUUUUUCAUGAUGUUGCCAGGGACCAUAACCAUAGCAACACAUAAUAUACCAUAUGUUUGGUUGGUAUAAAAGAACAAAAAUAUAAAUAUAUAGUAUAUAUAUAGUUGACACUAAAAUAUUAUUUUCUUUUGUUCUUUUCUUCCGAUGAAAGAUUUGAGAUUUUUAGUGGCCAGCUGACAACUUCUAUGUGGUGAUGGAUUUGGAUGCUUACUUUGGGAAUGCAAAUGAUUCUGAUGUGGGUUUCUUCUUUUUCUUUUUUUUUUUUUUUUUUGCUUUUAUCGAGGAGGGGGGGGUGAGGUUUUUUGUGUCGAUAACGAAAGACAUGUUGCUUGUUAAUGUAAGUUUAUACACACAGACAUCCUGAGAGCAGAUAUAAAAGUACAUACACACUAAUCUUUCAACAUUACAUAGUGAACACACACACACACACUUGUAUAACAUGGUGAUGUUUUCUUUCUUUUUUCAAGCUAGUCGUAACAUGGAUUUUUUGUGGGUAAAGAUAUAAUAUCUGUAUUCUACUUUGAUGUGAACUGAACUCGUCUGUUUUUAAUGUUUUGUUAUUUUUAUGAUGACGACAAUGAUGAUGACGAUUUGCCAAAUGUGUUGACACUAAAAAUUGUGUAUCAGGGCUUGGAAGUGGAGUGUUUGGGUAUUAAUGGGUGAAAUGCCAUUUUAAGUGUUUCUGGAAAUAAUGGGCCUGACUCUGCGGCAGCUUGGUUAACAGAAGGGGUUCCACGAGAGCGUUUACAGUUGGAACAAACUUUAAAACAAUACAGCAGUAAUACUACGGUAUAGGCAUGGAGCAGUGUACCUGCAGAUAUUCCUCACAGCUGUUGUUAGUCAACUCUCCAGAUUAAGUACAGGUCCAGUAGGUGCUACUUUUUUCUCUCUAAUGGUGUAAAGUAGAAAUGAAAACAAGCCAGUGCAAAGUAUAAUUUAUAUGAUCCUCCUAAUUUCUCGCAACUUCUGGCAUCUGAAAAGAAGGUGAAAUAUUCAUCUUUAUCGAGGGAAAUUUUGCUUUUCUGUGUCUAAUUUUUACAGUUGCAGUCUCGUAGUGCUGGCCACCAACAGGCCCUAGUGAAGCAGCCGGGGGAAUAGUGCCUUGCUCAAAAGGCACCUUAACAGCAGCUGUCGAGGGUCCAUCAUCUACACGCCGUGGUUAGAUUAAUGUGUUAGUACUUAACUUUAAUAGGAGCGAUUAAACCGAACCAAUUCCUCCACAGAGAAACCAGUAAAUCCUAAUUGAUCUCAGACCUGUGAAAGUCUACAAGAACCUGGAGCUGCAAUAAGACAAAAAAUAAGUGUAUAUAUAUAUAUACACACACACACACUCUUGGUGAUGUUUUCACUGGAUUUGUGAACUGCAUUCGCUGGGGCAUCCUCCAAUGAACUUUCCAUAUGAGCAGUUUUCACAUUGGUUGUAUGGGACCUUUUAGGACAGACAGCCUCCAGUCAGUCAGACAGACAGAUGGCUUUUACAAAGUGCAUUUGUUUUUUUUUUUUUUUUUUCCUCAAUCAAGUCAUGGCAAGGGCUACAUAUUGAGACACAAAACAUGCUCCCUAUAUGCCAGCCCUUUGCUAAUGUAUUACUAACACCAGUGCUCUGUCUGAAAGCUCAUACUGCAUACUAUUUUACACAGGACUGUUCAAAGUUAAAUCCGAAAGCAAAAUGAAGUCAUGUACAGCAUAUAGCAGGAAUACACUCAAAUCUAGCAAAUGACGUGUCUGCACUUUACAGUAGAUUACAUGUCUAUGUCUGCUGUGUAAUUUAGUCAGUAGUAUGCAUUAUAAGCAUGUUAGGACAGAUCCAUGGACACAUUCUGCCAUUUGAUGUGGAAUGGUUGCUGUUUUUCCUUCUAACCAAUUUUUUUGUGUCUCUGGUUCCACCGUGUAACUUAAAUUACAUGAAUAAAAUAAACUUUAGGGCUGUGUCAGACCUGA